CAGCCCCCCCGUGUCCAGACGUUGACCUCAAAUUUCCGCGUAAAAUUCAAAGUCCCCGGCAAAAAGUUGCCCCUUUUAAUCGCCGAGGACUCCCAAACUUCUCAAAUGGAACCCUAGCAGAGGUCAGGCCGAGAUGAGAAGGGGCCGGCCAAACCCUAAGCCCUUCCAGCUCGCUCUCCCCCCUCGUGAGACCUCCAUCGAGAAAUUCCUGACUCAGAGUGGGACUUUCAAGGCUGGAGAUUUGCUGGUGAACAAGGACGGGCUUCGGAUUGUUUCCCAUGGCGAAGAGGGAGAGCGGCCUCUUAUCAACCCGUUGGACGAUCAGUUGGCUUUAGUUGAUAUGGACAUUGUUAAAGUGAUAGGAAAGGGAAGUGGUGGAAUUGUACAGCUGGUUCGACACAAGUGGACAGGUCAAUUUUUUGCUCUCAAGGUUAUUCAAAUGAAUAUCCAAGAGGAUAUAUGCAGACAGAUUGCACAAGAAUUGAGGAUAAACCUUUCAUCACAGAGCCCCUUUGUUGUUGUAUGCUAUCAGUCAUUUUAUGAUAACGGUGUUAUAUCGAUAGUUUUAGAAUACAUGGAUGGUGGUUCUCUCGCUGAUUUUCUAGCGAAAGUCAAGUCGAUUCCAGAGGCAUAUCUUUCUGCAAUUUGUAAACAGGUGCUCAAGGGUUUAAUCUAUCUCCACCAUGAGAAGCACAUUAUUCAUCGAGACUUGAAACCAUCGAACAUACUAAUAAAACACACAGGGGAAGUCAAGAUAUCUGAUUUCGGUGUGAGUGUGAUACUGGCAAGUUCUUCUGGCCAGCGUGAUACUUUUACUGGGCCCUGCCACUAUAUGUCUCCAGAACGUAUAAGUGGAAACAGACAUGGCUAUUCAAGUGAUAUUUGGAGCUUGGGUUUAGUUAUGCUGGAAUGUGCAACCGGUCAGUUCCCAUAUCCUCCUGUCGAUAGCUUUUAUGAACUUUUGGAAGCAGUUGUUGAUCAGCCAGCACCUCGAGCCCCUUCGGACCAGUUCUCGGAGGAGUUCUGCUCAUUUAUCUCCACAUGCAUACAGAAGAAGCCAGAGGAUAGACAUUCGGCACUGUUACUCUUGGAACAUCCAUUCUUGCACAUGUACGAUGAUCUCCAUGUCGAUCUCUCAUCAUAUUUCACUGUUGCUCGUGCUCCGUUGGCUACUUUCUGAGUAAUGUUGGUACAUCUAGUUCAAGUUAGAAAUGUAUACCCUCAAGAUUCUAUUCAACAAGUUCAAGUUCACUUGUGUACGUGUGACUGAACUAUCCAUUCAUUUUAUGGCAACAAACAAGGACUUCAUCCUAAAGUUUUGAUAUUGUCUAUAUAAUCUGUCUUUUUUUCCUUUUUUAAUAUUAUCAUUCCUGAUAUUCA